GCAGCGCAUGUUGCGUUCCACAUCCACUCAAUCUGCGCCGUCCGAUGCCCGAGACCCUUCUCCCCACACCGAUUCCUACAUGCACGACAACCAGCUGCACCGUCCACCAGGGUCGGCGUUACUUACCGAAGGUCGCCCGAUUCAGGCAGGCUCCACCGCUUCCUAUCCCUUUUCCUAUCCUUGCCUCCACUCAACUCAACUCAACUUUUCGAGCUCCUUCGUUACUCCACAUUUCCAUGGCUGGACUAUUCUCGCUUCCCCAGUCCACUCACUGCCCACCGCCUGUUUGCUCGUCCUGUGAUCGGUGGUUUCCUUCGGUUCCUGCGAUCGAUCACCAUGGCGCUCUCACCAUUCUCCCGCCUCCGGGACGACUUGUGGAGCCUGCCUGACCCGAUAGAUGUCAUGCUGGCUUUCUUCGACGACGACACUCCCGCCAGCUCGUUUGCCAGGGGCGCUUACGCCGUCGCAAGCACGAGCGUGGAUUGGAAAGAGACCCCGAUGGAGCACGUGUUCAAGGCCGAUCUGCCGGGGUUGAAGAGGGAGGAGGUCACAGUGCAGGUCGAGGGCGACCGAACCCUGAGCGUCGCCGGGCAGCGCCAGAAGGAGGAGGUGCACAAGACAGAUACUUGGCAUCGCGUGGAGCGUAGCAGCGGGAAGUUCAUGAGGAAGUUCCGGUCGCCCGAGAAUGCAAACUUGGAUCGCAUCACGGCCAAAGUGGAGGACGGGGUGCUUAUGGUGGUGGUUCCGAAAAUGGAGAAGAAGAAACCUGUAAUGCGAAGAAUCGAGAUUGCUGGGCAUCAUGGUCAUCGGAGCCGGAGGUAGCAAUUCAUUCUGAGAAGAAAACCAAUACCAGCGGAAGCGGUGCCCCAAUCAGACCGGUCCCACCAAUGCUACCUCAGCGGAUCCGCAGGGUGCGGUAUCCGGCGAACAGAAAUGAGGUUGUCAUGGAGGGAGUUGUUUGAAAUCCAAUGUUCUGCAGUGGCGUUGAAGCACGGUCUAAGCGAAUUGCCGAGAGAGCAUGAAGCCAGCAUGAAUCUCGAGCAUGGAGAGCACUCCUCACAGUGCUCCAAGGGGCAGCAUGCUGAGCCGAACGACUUUUUGGUUGUGUUCGGCAGCAAGCAUGGGGGCGGUGAGUGCAUGUGAAUGUGAAUUGGAAUAAGGUUUCGGCGGUAUAAAUGAGCAUGUAUUUAGUAGCACGUAAUUAAGAGCACGUACUUGCUGUACUUAAGUGUCACCAGUUUCUUAGCUAUAUGGUUUUGUCCCAACCCAUCAGGGUAUCAUGGAUGCGAUGCAUCCUUGUUCUUGAUUGGGUCCGUCAAACUCGGGGUAAAGAUGUCCACAUUGUCGUAGGAUAUAUCAUACGAGGUGUAACACGAAAUAAUGAGCGAUCAUAUUAUGGUUUCUUUAAACCCGCUUGCCUUCCGCCUAA